GAUUGGCAAUGUGUGGAGGGAGGGGCUCUCUCUCCUCGUCUUCGUCUUCCUGGCUAGGAGAAGAAUAGGGCUUCGAUGAAAGGCGUCCGAGGCAAGGGCAUCUCCUCAUUCUUCCGUGUCUCUUCCUCCCCGCUCUGCCACACUCCCACUCUCGCCCCCCAUCUCUGGAGGCAUUGCGUGCCAUUCGGCGCCAGAUUUCCAGCGCUAUCCCUGCCAUCGGUGCCGCGGCGUGAGCUAUGGCAAGUGAUUGCGAGUGACGAGAGGAAGAUGCCUUCACAGCGCGGGCGAAAAGCCAAGACCGCCGCCAGCGACGGUGCUACUGUCUGGGUGCCAAAGGCAACAAUCUCCACAUCUGCGCAGCAACAGCGUCCCUCCUCGCAGGCCGCCGUGGCCGAGCCCAUGACCGAGACGGCCUAUCCCGCCAAAAAGGGCCAGACCAAAGUCAAGUCGGAAGUUCGGGCCACCUUCUAUCCCAAGUUUGAGAAUGAAAAGUCCGAUCAAGAGAUCCGAAGUCGGAUGAUCGAGGUGGUGGCUUCCGGCAGAGGUGUUGUGGAGGUCACCUUGAAACAUUCUGGAUCCCUGUUUAUGUACGCUGGUGAUGGACAGGCUUUCGCGAAAAACAGCUAUGGAAAUCUAUAUACGGCUGUUGGUGUGUAUGUUCUGGGAAAAACCCUCGAACAAGCAUGGGGCGAUCAAGCCAAAGCCAAGCAGAGAGAAUUCAAUGCGUACCUUAAGGAACACCGUAUUUCAAUCUCCAUGGAACUUGUGACGGCUGUGCUUGGUGAUCACGGUCAAAGGCCUCUCAAAGAUUACGUGGUGGUGACAGCAGUUACAGAGCUUACAGGCCGUCCCAGAUUUUUUUCUACCCCCGAUCUUGUGGAAUUCUGCAGGAAGUGGCGUCUUCCAACGAAUGAGGUGUGGUUAUUCUCCACAAGGAAGUCCGCCUCAACAUGUUUCGCGGCUUACGACGUCUUAUGUGAGCAGAGCAUUUAUACGCUUGUUCGCGACAACUUCAACAAAAUUGCAGAUGCGACUGUCCCAGGCACCGAAAGUCAUGCCGUAGUGCAAGGGGAAAUACUGGAGGGACUGGUUGCUCGUAUCGUUUCUUUUGAAAGUGGCAAGAAGCUAAAGCUUGUCGCUGAGAAAUAUCCUGUUCCAGAUCAUGCACCUGGUGCUUACACUGCGCCUGGUCUCCGUGAAAUAUGCAUGGCAAACAGGCAGUCUGAGAAAGAGCAAAGCAAGGCUCUUUUGAAGGCUGUUGGCACCGACUUUUGCUCGGACUGGAAUGCAUGGUUUGACAAGGAAAAUGAUGCUACUCAGACAGCGUGGCUAAACAAAUUUCUACAAACACCUCCUGCGGAUGAUCCCACAGCUAAACUUCAGGAAAUGGUGAACUUGCUACGCCAAAAAAAUAUGCGCGUGAGGUUUAAAUGUCAGUCUCGCCAAGGCUCGGAGAACGAGUUCACAAUGACUAUUCAUGUACUACAAGACUCUGUAUUUAGAAGAUAUCAGAAGGAGAUGCAGUACAAUCCAAGCCUAUGGCCUUUAUACAGAGGUUUCUUUGUGGAUGUUAUGUUAACCAAAGACUCGCAAAACAAUUCUUCUUCUUCUAAUGAGACGGAAGAAGUGACUUUGGGACACCUAGACCAAGAUGCAAUGGCGGAUGAUGCUGAGCACUUGAUGGUGAAAUUGAAGUUCUUGACAUACAAGAUUCGUACGUUCCUUAUUCGUAAUGGUAUUGAUAUUCUGUUUAAUAAGGGGAAGCAGGGUUAUAAAGACUAUUAUUUCAGGCAAAUGCAAAUCUGGGGCACUUCUGCGGAAAAGCAGCGAGAACUUUCCAGGAUGUUGGAUGAAUGGGCUUCACACAUCACACAAAAGAUUAAGAUUGGCAAGCUCAAAGAAGGGUCCUAUCUUUCAGAAGCCGAACCGUUUCUGAAAGCUUUUGCUAGUCGCAGUACAAAGAACCAGCUACUGGUUGGUCAAGCUGGUACUGAUAUUGACACCGCGGCGUACCUAGCUGCAUCUCGUGAAGGUGAUGACGAGGAAGGUGAUCUUAAACAAGACGUUGGAGCUUCGCCGGAUGUGCCGAUUUCCCGUGAAGGCAUCAAGGCUAAGGGUCUGCUCGUGUUUUUUCCUGGAAUACCUGGGUGCGCAAAAUCUGCUCUUUGCAAGGAGAUUAUCAGCACUCCAGGUGGCAUCGGUGAUAAAAGACCGAUGAAAAGCUUAAUGGGAGACAUGAUAAAGGGACGUUACUGGCCGAAGCUUGAAGAGGAAAGAAAGAAAAAUCCAAACGUAAUUACUCUGGCUGAUAAGAAUGCUCCGACUGCGGAUGUGUGGAAGCUGGUGACCGAUAUUUGCAAGUCAACUGAUGCCAUUGCGGUUCCCAUAGUUCCUGACUCUGAAGGCACGGAUUCAAAUCCAUUUUCUUUGGAUGCCCUUGCCGUUUUUAUUUUCCGAGUACUUCACCGAGAGCAGCAUCCGGGCAACCUUGACAAAAACUCCCCAUAUCCUGGAUAUGUGCUUAUGAUGUUCUACAACCUGUACGAUGGGAUGGAUCGAAGUGAAUUUGACGCGGAGCUACACAAGCGGUUUGGCUAUCUGAUCAAAUUUCCCUUGUUGAAGCCGAAUCGACCUCCUUUGCCGGGACCUCUGAAAGCUGUGCUCGACGAAGGACUUGAGCUGUUCAGGAAACACGCCGCAAAGCAUGGGAAGGCGGAUCCAUCGAAGGGAAGCUUCAAGGGAGAGUGGGACGCAUGGGAGAAAAAACUGAAGGACACCAUGCUUGCACAUUCGGCACACAUAAAUGGCAUUCAGGUUCCCUUCGAAGAUGUUGUCAAAUCUGUUCGAGAGAAGCUUCGUGAUGUGGUUACUGGCAACGUUCAAGUUCACAUGCCAGAUACCCAGGAGCGUAAGUUUCGUGCAUUCAAUUACGCUGCGGUCUCCUUACCUGUGGAUGGCAUUUUGAGCGCUCUGGCCAAGGUAUCGAGCGCAGACGCCGGAGCAAAGGCGUUUCUGGCUCCAAAGAAUCUUAGCAACACCCUUCGUGCCGGGCAUGUGACACUUGCGCACGUUCGCUCUCACGGUGCGGCAGCGGUGGCGGAGUAUGGCGCAUACGUUGGGACGGAAGUGCCGGUUAAGUUCACAGCAUUCUUGUACUGCCCAAGGAUGUGUGCUUUCGAGGCUCAUCUAGACAGCAAAAGCGUGGCUUCCAAAAACCCAAUGCCGCACGUCACGUUAUGGACCGCUCCUGGCACGCCACCCAAGGAGGCAGGAUCGCUGGGCAAGCUAGCUGCGGAGGGCCAAGCUACUCGAGUGGUGCUUCGGCAGCCAAUCGUGGUGACGGGCAAGGUGGAGUUCAAGAUGUGAGAGAGUAGAGACUCUCAGAGAGAGAGAGAGAGAGAGACAUAGGUGGUUUUUGUGAAUACCCCUCACCCCCUGUGUAGAGUUGAGUGAGCGACUGUGGAUCGCGCGAGAUGAGAAUUGGAGAGAGGUAGAGAGGUAGCUAGUAAGGCCUCUGGCCAAUGUAGUUCCCUGGGGGAUCGUAGUUGCAGAUCAUGAACACGUCCCCGUCGGCA